CUCCACCGCUGCAGCAGCUGGAGUUGCUUUUCCCAGUCUCUGUGCUCCCCUGAGGCAAGCGAGGUCUAGCAAGCAGCUCGGGUGGGAAAAGAGAACUGGAGGAAGUUGACAGGGAUGGGCGGGGCCGGUGGGGGGGCUGACCAGGAACCCAGCUUCCUGCUCAGUACCCAGGCAUCCAGCCCCCGGCUCACCCCCACCCCUUUCAGCCCCUACUCCCCUCAGGACCUCAGGGUUCCGGCCCUCCUCCCAAAUCCCACCCCCCCCCAUCGGCUUCUCCCCUCCAGGGGAUGGAGGCUGAGAGACCCCAGGAAGAAGAGAAUGGUGAGCAGCAUCAGGACCCCGAUCAGGAUGAGCAUGGCUGGCCCCCUGUGAACACCAGCACUCGGCCUUGGCGAUCUGCUCCUCCGUCCCCUCCUCCUUCAGGGACCCGCCACACAGCCGUGGGGCCCCGUUCGGCCUCCCUUCUCUCCCUGCAGACUGAGCUGCUCCUGGACCUGGUGGCUGAAGCCCAGUCCCGCCGCCUAGAAGAACAGAGGGCCACCUUCCAUGCCCCCCAGAAGCUCCCAAGCCUAGGCCGAGUCCCACCCCGGCCUCUUGAGGACAGAGAACAGCUCUACAGCACUAUCCUCAGUCACCAGUGCCAGCGGAUGGAAGCCCAGCGGUCAGAGCCUCCCCUACCCCCAGGGGGGCAGGAGCUCCUGGAGUUGCUGCUGAGAGUUCAGGGUGGAGGUCGAAUGGAGGAGCAAAGGUCCCAGCCCCCCACACACACCUGCUGAGACUUGAGCUCCCACCAGCCCUUCUGCACUCCCGGGGUUCAAAGCUGGGCGGCCCACUGCAGGCCUUGAGCCCUGCCCCGCAGGGGCACCAGAGACUGGAAGAACCAGCAGAAUUCUCAAUAUUCACUGCCCUCAUCCACCUUUCCUGGGAACUAGAGGGGGUGAAAGUCCUCAAACCCUGGGAAUAGUCAAGGUAGGAUGGAUAUUUAACUCCCCCUGUGACCAAGUAGGUGGGAGCUUGAGGCUGGGAGAGGAUCCUAGGUACAGAGGGACACCUCACCCUUUCCUCUGAUCUCAGGGAGGGGCUGGAGUCUUGGUCCUGAGCUGUGGGGACACCCUCCCCCCAUAGUCCGGCCACCAGGCGGGAGCUGAGGGCUCAGGCCUCCACCUCCCAAGGAGGCAAAUCUCCGGAGGUUCUGACCUGAGAGACAGUUCCACCCUCCUUCCCAACAAGAAGGGAGGAGAGGGCACAGCAGAGACAUUGACUCUUCUCCCACCCCCCCACCCUGGCACACCGCCCCCCCAGCCCCAGGACUGAGGGGCCUACAGCCUAUGGAUGGACACUGAGCCCUGCCCACCCUCCCUCCCCACUGCUCUUCUGAACUGUCCAAUGUUUGGUUAUGUGAAUAAAUAUAAUUCCCCUCUGGA